CUCUGUUUGUUACACUCACUACCAGGCCGGGCUGGCCUGCCACUGCUAACCUUUUGCACAGAAAUGGAUUAAUUGUUAUUUUUUUGUUUUGUUUUUUUUCCCAAAAUGUGCUGCAUCAUAUUUGGAGAAUAAUGAGAUCUCUCCUGAAGAUGUUUCCACAAUCAGGGAAAUCGAUUGUCUUUGACAACUUUCCAGAUCCAACGGACACCUGGGAAAUCAUCGAGACAAUUGGUAAAGGGACUUAUGGAAAAGUCUACAAAGUGCUCAAUAAAAAAGAUGGAAGUAAAGCAGCUGUGAAGAUACUGGAUCCCAUCCAUGAUAUUGAUGAGGAAAUCGAAGCAGAGUACAACAUCCUCAAAGCUCUUUCUGACCACUCCAAUGUGGUCAAGUUUUUCGGGAUGUUCUACAAGAAGGACAUCAAAUGUGGGGAUCAGCUGUGGCUCGUACUAGAGCUCUGCAAUGGUGGCUCUGUGACAGAUCUGGCCAAGGGCAUGCUGAAGAGAGGAGACAGAAUGGAUGAACCCAUUAUUGCCUACAUCUUGCAUGAGGCCCUCAUGGGCCUGCAACACCUGCACAUCAACAAGACCAUCCACCGUGACGUCAAAGGCAACAACAUCCUACUGACGACGCAAGGAGGGAUCAAACUCGUGGACUUCGGUGUUUCCGCACAGCUGACAAAUACCCGUCUGAGGAGGAACACCUCUGUGGGAACCCCGUUCUGGAUGGCUCCCGAGGUAAUAGCAUGUGAGCAGCAGCUGGACUCCACCUAUGAUGCCCGUUGUGACGUCUGGUCCCUGGGUAUCACUGCUAUAGAGCUGGGAGAUGGAGACCCACCCCUCUCUGACCUCCACCCAAUGAGAGCUCUUUUUAAAAUACCCAGAAACCCACCGCCUACUCUCCACCAGCCGGAGCUCUGGUCAGAUGAGUUUAAUGACUUCAUCUGCAAGUGUCUGAUCAAGGACUUUGAGCUGAGACCAAAUGUGCUAGACCUGCUCCAGCAUGUGUUCAUCAAACAGACUGUAGGCAGAGAGAAAAUCCUGCAGAAACAAUUGAUUGAGCUCAUUGAUCUCAACCAGCAAAUUGGAGUGAUUGAAAAAACAAGCCAUCAUGGAAAGACAGACAGAGGCACAGACAGUAAUGACAGGCAUGAACGUAUUCACACCAAAAAAGGAAGCCACACGAUGAUGCAGGACGCAGAUGAGGUGGAUGACCUCGCCACCCUUGAAGUUCUAGAUGAGAACACUGUCACAGAGCAGCUUCAGAAUCGCUAUGGAAGAGAUCAGAUUUACACAUAUGUGGGAGACAUCCUCAUUGCAGUCAAUCCUUUCCAUAAGAUGGAAAUAUACACAGCUGAGUACACUAAGCUGUACAUAGGAGCUAAGCGUACAGCUAACCUGCCACACAUCUUUGCUGUGGCUGAUAUUGCCUACCAGUCUAUGGUGUCAUACAAUGCUGAUCAGUGUGUUGUGAUCAGUGGUGAAAGUGGAGCAGGGAAAACAGAGAGUGCUCAUCUGCUGGUGCAGCAGCUAACAGUUCUCGGGAAGGCCAACAAUAGGACACUCCAGGAGAAGAUCCUGCUGGUCAACAGCCUGGUGGAGGCAUUUGGAAAUGCCUGCACCGUCAUCAAUGACAACUCCAGCCGCUUCGGCAAGUACCUGGAGAUGAAGUUCACCUGUGGCGGAACAGUGGUCGGAGCACAGAUAUCCGAGUAUCUGCUGGAGAAAUCCAGAGUUAUCCACCAGGCGAUGGGGGAGAGGAAUUUCCACAUCUUCUACUACAUUUAUGCUGGUCUGGCUGACAGGAAGAAACUAGCCCACUACAAGCUCUCUGACAGCAAAACGCCUAAGUAUCUGUACCACGAGCACAUUAAACUGGGGCCUGACAUAGUGAACAACGCCUUCUACAAGGAGCAGUUUGAUGCAGUGGAACAGUGUUUCAAAGUCAUUGGAUUCACCCUGGAGGAGCUGGGCAAUGUUUACAGCACCCUGGCUGCCAUCCUCAACUCUGGUGACAUUGAGUUUUCUCCAGUCGCCUCAGAGCACCAAACAGACAAGAGCAACAUAUCCAACAUCUCUGUCCUGGAGAAUGUGGCAUCUCUGCUGCGUAUCCGCUCAGACGAGCUCCAGGAAGCCCUGACCUCCCACUGUGUUGUUGCCCGGGGAGAGACAAUCGUCAGACCCAACACAGUGGAAAAAGCGGUGGAGGUGAGGGACGCCAUGGGUAAAGCUCUCUACAGCCGCCUCUUUAACUGGAUUGUCAACCGAAUCAACACGCUGCUGCGGCCUGACAGCCAACCAGGAGAGGAUGACAAGGGCCUGAACAUCGGCAUUUUGGACAUCUUUGGUUUUGAAAACUUCAAGAAGAACUCCUUUGAGCAGCUCUGCAUCAACAUUGCCAACGAGCAGAUCCAGUUUUACUUCAACCAGCACAUCUUUGCAUGGGAACAGGAUGAGUACCUGAAUGAAGAGGUUGACGCUCGGAUGAUCGAGUACGAGGACAACCGGCCGCUCCUGGACCUUUUCUUGCAGAAGCCCAUGGGCAUGCUCUCACUUCUGGAUGAAGAGAGUCGAUUUCCACAGGCCACUGACCAGACACUCGUAGAGAAAUUUGAAGAUAAUCUCAAGACAAAAAGCUUCUGGAGGCCAAAGAGGGUUGACCUGGGUUUUGGGAUUCACCACUAUGCUGGAAAGGUGAUUUAUAACGCUGCAGGCUUCUUGGCCAAGAACAGAGAAACCCUUCCAGCUGACAUCAUCCUGCUGCUGCGGUCGUCGGAGAACGAGCUCAUUCGCAAACUUGUCACUCACCCCCUCACCAGAACAGGCAACCUUGCCCACACCAAGGGUAAAGGCAUAAACACAAUGCUGAGCCCACGGACCCCGACACGCACCGUCACCUUCGCCAAGAUGGGAAUGCUAAGCUUAUACAGUUCGUUUUCUUUUAGUGAGCCGUCUCUGGAAUUAAAGCCUGAAAAAAAAUUCUUGCUCGAUGUGCAUCUUGGUGUCUCAGUACAAAUGAAAACGCCUGGUGAAUCUGACACGCCUUACCACCCAAGAGAAACCACCAAUAUGAGAACACAGACAGUGGCCUCGUACUUCAGAUACUCUCUAAUGGACCUUCUGUCCAAGAUGGUGGCAGGGCAGCCUCACUUUGUGCGCUGCAUCAAACCCAACAAUGAUCGCCAUGCUAACAAGUUUGACCGUGAGAAGGUUCUGGUCCAGCUGCGUUAUACCGGUGUUCUGGAGACCGCCAAGAUCAGACGGCAGGGUUACUCUCACCGCAUCCUGUUUGCUAACUUCAUAAAGAGGUACUACAUAUUAGCUUUCCACGCUAAUGAGGAGCCCACUGUGACUCCAGAAACAUGUGCUGCAAUACUGGAAAAGGCCAAGCUGGAAAACUGGGCAAUGGGGAAGACAAAGGUGUUCCUGAAGUACUACCAUGUCGAACAUCUGAAUCUGAUGGUACAGCAGGCCACACAACGAAUCAUCCUGCUCCAGGCUUGUGUUCGAGGCUGGCUGGGAGCCAAGCGGUACCAGCGGAUAUUAAAAGAGCGAGAACAGAGUGCUCUGGUGCUGCAGUCAGCUUACAGAGGUCAUCAAGCUCGGAAGAGGGUGGCUGAUGAGAAAAGCAAAGCAAAGUUGGAGGCCUUUAUCAUCCAGUUUCAGGCUGUUUGCAGAGGCUAUCUUGCAAAAAAGAAAUACAAGGAGCUGGUAGAUGAGAAGAAUAAAGCAGCAACUAAGAUACAGGCUCGCUACAGAGGGCACAAAGAAAGGAAGAGCUUCAAAAGAAAGAUGGAAGCUAGAGAGAAAGAGAAAGCUGAGAAGGCUUCAAAAGAAAAUGAGGAACAGAUAGAACCAGAAGAAAGUGCCUCCACUCCAGAAAAUGAUGCAAAGAAUGAGGAGGAGGAAACUAAAGCUGCUGUGGUUCUUCAAAGCAACUAUAGAGGUUACAAAGAGAGGAAAAAGUUUAAGGAGAGAAAAAAGACAAUGGCUGGGGCAGAGCUGGAGCUGCCAAAUGCAACUGUGGAAGAGGAAAAAGAUGCCCAAGAGUCAGCCAGCAAAGAAGAAGGAGAAAGUGAAAAGGCUGCUGAUAAACAAGAGGAGAAUGAGGAAGAGGAAGAAAGUACUUAUGAAGCGGAGGAGAAUGAUGACAGCGAUAAUACCCAGGUGCCAGAAGAUGAGCACACAGAAGUGGCAGAGGAAGCAUUGAGCCUAAAUGCUGAGCCUAAAAAGGAAGAGCAGGAGGAGGAAAAGGCAGAGGAUGACAGUGGACAGGAAAAAACUGAAGGUGAUGAAGCUGCCAAUUCAGAAGAGGAAACCAAGGCAGCCACUGUUCUCCAGAGUAACUUCAGGGGCUACAAAGAGCGGAAGAGGUUGGAGGAAGAAGGCAAGAUCCCAGCUAAGAAACAGAAAGCAAAAAGUCCUGUAGGGGAUGAAGGGCUGGAAAAGGAACCAGGUAGUGAAGAGGCAGAAAAAGAAGAAUCAACAGAAGCUCAGGAUGACGCAAGUGACGUCAAGUCAGACGAUGCAAACGAGACCAAAGCGGCUGUGGUGCUUCAGAGCAACUUCAGAGGCCACAUGGAGCGCAAACGACUCGAGGAGGAAGGAAAGCUCCCCAAGAAAAGGCAGAAGGAAGAAGAGGUUCCACCAGAGCCUCCAAAUGAAGAAGCAAUAGAAAGAGAAGAGUCUGUGCCAGAACCCCAGGAGAACAUUUCUAGUGAGAAUCAAGAAGGGUUGGAUGAAAAAAAAGCAGCUACUGUCAUCCAGAGUAACUUCAGAGGCCAUCGGGACCGAAAGAGACUGAAAGCUGAGAGGGAAGCACAGUUGAAAGUUGAAGAAGAAUGUGUGAGUGCCAAUGAUGCAGAGGAGGAACCUAAAGAAGAAGAGCAGGAGGAGGCUCUCGACAUUACUGAUGUGUUGAUUGAACGUAAAGAUGAGACAGACAUUGAAAAACAAAGACUGGAGGAAGAACAGGCCGCAGUGAAGAUCCAGAGUAACUUCAGAGGCUACAAGGACAGGAAGAACCUGAAGGCCAACAAGCAAACAGCACAGAAAGAGUCCAGAAGGCUGGAGAGCUUCUCUAGACAGAUCGCAAAGACGUCUCAGGAAUUUUUGACUCUGCAGCAGAAGCUGAAUGAGAUCAUCCAGGCCCAUCAAUCAAACCCCGAGAACAAUGGCAUGUUUGUGAGAGGAAAAGCAAUCAAUGGCUUCGCUCCCCAGCAUCACCAAUCAACAGACAAAAGAUUGUCAAGAACCCCCCGCAGGAACCAGCAGCCAAAGACCCUGAAUACACCGGAGGAUUCCACCUAUUACAACCUGAUUCAUCGGUCUGUCCAGGAUGAUAAACGCAAACCCAGGAAAGAAGGUUCAGGGAAACUGCUCGAUGUGGACGACCAGUACUACCCAGCCCUGUCUACUAGCCAGUCUGAUCCCGCCAUGUCCACAGAGGACACAUCAUCCAGCAGCAUGCCUGAGAGGAGGCAGUCUAUAGAGAAGAGGCCGUCUAUGGAGAGGAGGCGGUCCAUGGGCAGGAGGCGAUCUAUGGAUAGGCGGCAGUCUGUAGAGCAGAGACUGUCUGCCCCGAGUCGACAGACCAGAGAGAGGGCCGCCACUGAACCAGAGCCUCCAAGACCUGGAAAAGAAAUCAGACAAUCUGUUCCCAGAAUGGCCUCCACAGAGAGCCGGACUGACGACAAUCCAUAUGACUACAGACAUCUACUGAGGAAGACAUCACAGAGACAAAGGCUACUCAAACACUACUGAACAUUGGAAGUAACUUUUUUUUUUUUGGCUAUUUGGGACUUAAUCUGUUCAGGAUUCAUUUAUUUUAUUGAUCUUCGGACACAUUGUGAAACAGUUUAGGUAGGAGAUGAAACUGCUGUGGACUUAACUGGACAGAUUGUAUUGAGUUCCACGUAUACAGAGUAGAGUCAAUGUAAAUAACAAGGUACCUUUAAACUUGCUGUAAAUUAAGGUUUUAUUUAUGAGACCUGCAAUCUAGUUACAGAUAUUGUCUAUUUUCUCUUUCUGACAUCUUGAUUUUCUUUAAAAAUAUUUGCAGGUUCUGCUCCCGAGCUUUGCAUUUCUGGUAAUUCUGAAGUCUGAUCAGCUUCAAAUUCUGAUGAAUGUACAUUAUUUUCUCUGUUCAAAUCUUUGGUUUGCUCACUUAAGA